UUAUACUAGAACAUGGACCCAGAGGCUUUCUCAGCUAGUUUAUUCAAGUGGGACCCAAGAGGUGCAAUGCCACCACCAAGCCGGAUAUUAGAACCGGUGGCACCACCACAACCUCCUACACCUCUACCACCACAACCACCACUCCCAACUGCGUUUUCCAUGAGGAGUACAAGGGAGCUAGGAGGGCUAGAAGAGUUGUUUCAAGCGUACGGUAUACGCUAUUAUACUGCUGCUAAGAUAGCUGAGCUAGGUUUCACUGUGAACACGUUAUUGGACAUGAAAGAUGAGGAACUUGAUGAUAUGAUGAAUAGUCUCUCGCAGAUUUUUAGGUGGGAUCUGCUUGUAGGAGAAAGGUAUGGUAUCAAAGCUGCUAUUAGAGCUGAAUGGAGGAGGCUGGAGGAGGAAGAAGCAAGGCGGCGCGGCCAUAUUCUGUCUGAUGGUGGAACUAAUGUCCUUGACGCUCUCUCACAAGAAGGGUUAUCAGAGGAACCAGUGCAGCAGCAAGAGAGAGAAGCAGCGGGAAGCGGUGGUGGGGGGACAUGGGAAGUGGUUACGGGAGCAGGUGGCGGAGGAAGAAUGAAACAAAGGCGGAGGAAGAAGGCGGCGGGGAGGGACAGAAGGGGAGCGUCCGAUGAUGAAACGGAGGAAGGACAAGAUGAUGAAGAGAACAUGAACGAAGGUGGAGGAAUAAUAAGUGAGAGGCAAAGGGAGCAUCCGUUUAUUGUAACGGAGCCUGGUGAAGUGGCACGUGGCAAAAAGAAUGGCUUGGAUUACUUGUUCCAUCUCUAUGAACAAUGCCGGGAUUUCUUGAUCCAAGUUCAGAAUAUUGCUAAGGAACGUGGUGAAAAAUGUCCCACUAAGGUGACGAAUCAAGUGUUCAGGUACGCAAAGAAGGCAGGGGCAAGCUACAUAAACAAGCCAAAAAUGCGACACUAUGUGCAUUGCUAUGCACUUCAUUGCCUUGAUGAGGAUGCCUCCAAUGCUCUGAGAAGAGCUUUCAAGGAGCGAGGAGAGAAUGUUGGGGCAUGGAGACAGGCAUGUUACAAGCCCCUGGUGGCCAUAGCUGCUCAACAAGGCUGGGAUAUCGAUGCCAUUUUCAAUGCACACCCUCGACUGGCCAUUUGGUAUGUCCCCACCAAACUCCGCCAGCUCUGCCAUUCUGAAAGAAGCAACGCUGCUGCAGCUGCUUCUAGCUCAGUUUCUGGUAGUGUUGGUGUUGUUCCUGAUCACCUGCCCCAUUUCUAAGUUGUGCUUCUGAU